AUGGUCCACCUAAAAGCCCUCCUCACCCUCACCCUGGCAACCAGCAUCACCGCAACCCAAACCACCUCUACCUGCGACGACGCCUACAACAAGUGCGUCACUGCCCCAGACGCCAACAUGUCCACCUGCUUCUCCGACCGCGAGGCGUGUCGACACGGCCAGAUCAACUCCCGCGCAAAGCUACACUUGCGACACCCGGUGCGCGUGGUCUCCGCUGAGGGCGAUUGUCAAGAGAUCUUCGACAAGUGUCGUUCAACUCCCGGUGCCAAUAUCUCGACAUGUGUCUCUGAUAAGGCUGCUUGCGAUGAUGGAGAGAGCGAAUAG